AUGUGGAAGCUCAACCAGCAGAGAGAAGGCAAGCACCGCUACCAACAGAAGCUAAUCACUGAGUUUGAAGGGUGUGCAGAACUUCACCUGCCUCCCAGCUCCUCUUUCUAUGGCACUAUAUCUGCUAAACACUCUCAGCUUCCACCAUCUACUGUUACCCCUUCUGUUCUCAAGCUGAGCACACGGAGCGUCAGAUUAAACAGCAGUUUGAGAAGCUUCAUCAGUUUCAGAGAUGAAGAAGAAGCUACAAUCACUGCACUGAAGGAGGAAGAGGAGCAGAAGAAGCAGAUGAUGAAGGAAAAGCUGGAGGAGAUGAACACACACAUCUCAGAUCUUUCACACACAAUCAAAGACAUGGAGGAGAUGAUGAAAGCCAAUGACGUCUGCUUUCUUAAGGAGUUUCCAGUCUCAAUGGAAAGAGUCCAGAUCUCACAGCCGGAUCCACAGAUGGCUUCUGGAGCUUUGAUUCAUGUGUCACGAUACUUGGGCAACCUGCCGUUCGGAGUCUGGAAGAAGAUGCAGGACAUCGUCCAAAACAGUGAGUCUGCUGAAGAUCUUGAUUCUUCUUGUUAA